AUAUAUUUUUAUAGAGUAUCCGACGUUUGCUUCAGGCAAAUUUCGUAGCAAAUUAAUAUACCUUGCUCAGGUAUAAUAAUUCGAUUUUAUUUAUUUCAAAAAACUUAUUUUAUAUUAACGAAAUAGAAUAGAAAGAGAAAUACGAAGCGCGAAAGUAAUGCAAAUGUUAAGUAACAUGAAAGUCAAUCAAAUCUGUCAAAUGGAAAAAAUUGCAUUGUUUCUACUUUGCUGAAGGCAUAAACAUAGCGGACAUACACAUAUGUAUAAUGCGAUUUUGAAAAUUUCUAUUCGAUUCUGUUUACUAAUUUAACUUAUUUGAGAUUGGUUUUAAUUUUUGCAAUCAGUGCAAUACUAAAUUGUUUAAAUGGCUUAUUAUAGCGCUUUUUUAUUCGAACACAUACAAUUAAUUUUUGUUUUCAUUUACUAUGCUCGUUUUGAAACCGUUUGGAAACAAAUGUAAACGAAAGUGACAAAACUUGGAAAGAUGUGAUUGUAUUGGAGCAUACCAGUUGCCAAGUGGCAGAUAAUAAAAAAGUACCUGUAGUAUUUAAGUGAAUUUGGUUUGGAAAUUUGGAAAAUUACUACCAAAGAUGACAAAAAGUAAGAAACGGCUAAAGGAAGAGCUGGAGGCGAAAGCGCAGAACGCUGUUGUAGAGGAACGUCUAACAACAACAAAUGAUGCGUAUACACAGGGUGCCUUCUGUUAUCUCCGCUUGCUUACACACACUAUAGGAUUGCUGCAAUUUACCUAUGGCAUCUACUACCAUUGGUUCAAUGUGCAUUGGCCGCAGCACUUGCAGGAUGAGGAGGAGUUGAAAACACGUUGGGGUGGGAAAUUUAAAUAUCUCACUUUUCUCGAUGUGAUAGUGCAAGCUCUUUAUCACUUAGUGGCUUUGCUUAAUGAUAUUAUGGGCUCUAAUGCAGUAGGACCGCCACGUGCAAUGCCUGGAAUCCGUAAACUUCGAGAUUAUAUGUUUGCUGCUUGGGCGUUUCCCAUCGCACAUAAUGUGUGCAUCUCUUUUUGGAUUAUAUACGCUUACGAUCGCGAACUUAUCUUCCCAUCAGCGCUGGAUGCAAUUUUCCCAAACUGGCUCAAUCAUAUCGUUCACACAAAUGUGGCGAUGCUUGGCAUACUCGAUAUGUUUACUUGCUUUCGUCAGUACCCCAGUCGUGUAGCUGGACUCACUGGCACUGUUGUAUUUAUGGUGCUUUACCUUAUUUGGAUGCACAUUGUACGUUUCUUUUCGGGGCAUUGGGUAUAUCCACUGCUGGAAGUUCUUAAUCUACCGAUGCGUUAUUUUAUGCUAAGCGCCUUGCUAGCUUUUACUAUAUGCUGCUAUUUCUUGGGUGAAUUUAUGAAUAAUACUAUUUGGAGUCCAGAAUUACGUUUGCUGAAAAUAAAGCACGCCAAAAGUGAAUAAGUGGAAUACAUACUUAUGUAUGUAUUUGCGCAAGCAAAAAACAAACAAAAAAAUCCAUACAGUUUGACCGCUGCAAAAUCUAGUUAUAAACAACGAAAGUGUUGUUGUAUUAUGAUUUGAGUAGUCUUACACAGUACCGUUUUUAUUGUAUAUAUUAUUAAAACGAAUACAAUUUUCAUGAUGUAUAAUUUUUUAUAAAUACAAUAGGAUUCUACGUUUGAAAAUGUUCAAAAAAUCUUAAGGCACUAACUAAUACAAUGUUCAUACGUAGAGUUACGAAAAUCUGUUUUACGCGAAAAUCUUUGUUUUUUAUUUAUUUAUUAAUUGCUACUAUUUUUAUAUUUGAGCAUUUCUCGUUGAUUCAUGCAGUAAAUUAAGUAUAUAGAAAAAUUUAUAAAAAUAUUUCCUGUUUUUUCACUUUAGUUACAAAAUUGGUACUUAUAUACUAUUAAAGUAGAAUUGUAAUCUAUGUUACAAAAAGACUAUGUAAUAAAUAUAUGCUUAAAUCAAAUCAAGUCAGUACAGAAGUUUUAUAGUAUAUGAGUAUAUAAUAAAAAUCCAUAAAUACAUAUAAAUGCAA